UUGUUCCAUUCCUUGAAGUAUCUCAAUAUGGGUAAACCGCCCCUUCCUCAUCUCUCCCUCACACACACAGUAACGCAAGCCACGACAUCAAUUUCAGCCCCAUAAUCAAAUAAACUUUGUAUCAAAUGUCAGCCCCAGAAUCAAAUAAACUUUGUAUCAAAUGUCUUUAAUUUAGGACAUAUCACAAACCCUUGGCAGAGAAGAAGAUAUGGAACUAAAACACAUUCCUACACUUCCCAAAAUCCACUUCUCAAAUCUAGCAGGAACAACAAGAAUAACCCAAGCCCAAAUCACUUCAUUUUCUCGCACCCACUACUCUCAAAUUCCACCAAUCCACUCAUUUUCUCCCAAACCAAGCACACCAAAAUCCCAUGUAUUUUCUCUCUACAAAAUCAACCACCCUGAUGAGAAGAGUCAGAUAAACACAGAAUCAACCUUCCCAACCAUGUCUGAUAUCAUGGAUGCGUCCAAAGCCCAAAACCUUCAUCUUCAGCUGCAAACAAUAGGACCCUUUUUCAGAAUCACUGCAAAAAGCUUGGAAACCCAAGGAGAGCUUGGGAGAGCAGAGGGACUGAUAAGGGUGUGGUUGGGAGGUAGAGUUCUUCACUUGGACUCCAUUAGAUUGCGCAGAGAGACUUUGGGCAUGGAAAAAUCAAUAUUUGGCAUUGGUGUGUUCAUUGGAGCUGUUGCAAUCCGAUAUGGGUAUGAUUGUGGGUGUAAAACAGCUGAAUUGCUCGCCAUCAAUGACACUGAUCUUUAUCACUCUAAGCUUGUUAGGUUCUACACAAGAAUUGGAUUCAAGACGGUGCACGAAGUGACUGGUUCAUCCAUGGGAGACCUUGCCCACAUGUUGGUGUGGGGAGGCAUUGGAACUCGAAUGGAUGCCAAUGUCGAAGAGCUUCUGAUUAAAUGGUGUACAAGGUUUAGAUCUCGAAGUUAGUUUCAUUUUAGCAAACAUUAUAUUGUAAAUUAUGUAGAAUCCAUGCCUUUUGGCUGCCAUUUUGUGAACUGACUUCAGUGCUGAGCGACCAUACAAAAAUUAAUUUUUGCUGCUCUAGCUUCUUGGCUGGUUAUAGGAUGUAUACAUAUAAUCACCUGUUUAGUUGUGUGUUUGUGCAAGACAAAUCAGAUUACUUGUAUUUUUAAGCUUUGCAUGCACAAUACUAAAGAUUGUAAUAAAGGAAUUUUUAUUUA